AUGGCGGCAGCUGACAUUGCUCCCCAAUUCGGGGCGGAGCUCAAGGACAAUUUUAAACCGGUUAAUGCUUGGGUAUCUAAUGGUAUCGCGUGGCUCGAUGAGAUCCAGCAAUUUUACCGUGAGCGCAGCGCCAUUGAGAAGGAGUAUGCGACCAAAUUGAGCGGACUAUGCCGGAAGUACCAAGACCGCAAAUCGAAGAAGAUCAGCUCCCUGAGCGUUGGCGAUACCCCUACGUUGACCCCCGGGUCCCUCGAGAGCGCAUCAUUGACAACGUGGACAACGCAAUUGAAUGCCAUAGAAUCGCACGCGGCUGAACGGGACAAAUAUGCAACGGAGCUGGUGGGACAUGUGGCCGAACCCUUGAAACAGGCCGCCGCUCAGUUCGAAGAGAUCCGCAAGUCCCAUGCAGACUACCACGCCAAACUCGAAAAAGAGCGUGAUGCGGCCUAUGGGGAGCUGAAGAAGGCAAAGGGCAAAUACGAUGGCGCAUGCCAGGAAGUCGAAUCGCGACGUAAAAAGACCGAGUCCUCAUUUGAUCAUGGGAAAGUCAAAGCCCAGGCGGCAUAUCAACAGCAAAUUCUCGAAAUGAACAACUACAAGAAUCUUUACCUCAUCCGUAUCAAUGUGACAAACAAGCUCAAGGAAAAGUUCUUCCACGAAUACGUCCCCGAUGUUCUGAAUGGUUUGCAAGAUCUCAAUGAAAUCAGGGUCAAGAAGCUGAAUGCCCUGUGGUGUCUCGCAGCGCAGCUAGAGAAAUCGUCUUUAACAAAUAGCCUCAACCAUUGCUCGAAUCUGCUCACCGAGAUCCCUCGCAAUGACCCGCGCCUCGAUUCUAUGAUGUUCCUCCAGCACAAUGUAUCUCAAAUUCAAGAGCCUGCCAAUAUGGGCUUCGAACCCAGCCCUGUCUGGCACGACGACGCCUCCAUCAUCACAGACGAGGCAGCCAAAGUCUUCUUGCGCAAUGUGCUGGGUAAAAGCAAGUCCCACGUCCGCGAGUUGCGGGUAGAGGCGGACAAGAAGCAACGCGAGGUGGAGAAUAGUAAAAAGGCACGCGAGGCUAUUCAGCAAGGGAAGGACAAGCGCAGCGAGGUAGAGGCAGUUCGAAGCAUCUUCUACCUGCAGGAGGCUCUGCACGAGAUUGAACGCAAGUGGGUGACGGCUGAGGUUGAGACGUCGACCAUCAUCUCCGUGGCAGGAGAUCUCUCUCUCGGCGCCAAGAAUCAUAAUUUCCGCUCGCAGACCUUCAAGAUCCCCACCAAUUGUGAUCUCUGUGGUGAGAGGAUCUGGGGAUUAUCCGCCAAGGGCUUUGAUUGUCUGGACUGUGGCUACACGUGCCACAGCAAAUGCCAGAUGAAAGUCCCCGCCGAAUGUCCCGGGGAACAAACCAAGGAAGAGAAGAAGAAGCUCAAGGUCAUCCGGCAGGAACAGGCAGGUGCCGCACCGGCCGUAGACAAUGGGUCUCCUCUUCAAUCACACGCAAAACCAUCUCUCACUCGGCAGAAUACGAUGAAUUCGCUCAGCUCCGGAUACGCUGCCAGCACGGCGCGUUCCAUGUCGACCUUGAAUGUUGGAGCCACCGCACCUACUGAGACUGGGCCGGACUCAUCUCCAGCUCCCGCGCCGGCUGCCAAGUCCGCCGGUGGUGCGAAGCGAAACCGAGUCCUUGCUCCGCCCCCGACGACAUACGUGAGUCCGUCGGCAGAUACGGAUACUCUUUCGCCUUUCAAAUCCUCAGAACCCAGAGGAAAGAUGGUCUACGCAUUCCAAGCAACUGGAGCCGACGAGUUGACAGUACAAGAAGGAGACGACGUGAGCAUUGUUGAGCCAGAUGAUGGCUCCGGCUGGAUGCGCGUCCGCGUCGGCUCCCAGGAGGGCCUCGUUCCAUCCUCAUACGUCGAAGCCGCCCCGACACCAUCCCCCGUGCCCUCCGCCAGCCCCGGCAUGACCGAUCGACCGGGCUCAACGUACUCCAAUUCAUCUGCCUCGCUAGCCGGCAGCGCCGCCACCAAGCGCGUAGGCCCAGCCGUGGCGCCCCGGCGCGGCGCCAAGAAGCUGCAGUACGUCGAGGCACUGUACGACUACGAAGCUCGAAGUGAUGCGGAGUGGUCGAUGACGGAGGGAGAUCGAUUUGUGCUGGUAAAUAGAGAUAGUGGAGAUGGAUGGGCAGAUGUCGAGCGAGGUGGGACCACGAAGAGUGUUCCCGCCAACUACAUCCAGGAAGUAUAG